AUGGACAAUAUUCAGUACUUGGAAUAUAUGUAUCAAUCAUGGAAGAAGAAUCCAAGUUCCGUGAGUGCUUCCUGGGAUAGAUAUUUUAAAUUAAUUGACAAGAAAGAUAAAGAAUCGGAUGCAGCUUCCCACAAAUCAUCGCCCAAAUCAACUUCUUCUAAGCCAUCGUCCAUCCACGUUGGAUCACCAUCUGGUACACAAUCAGAAAAAUAUACUUUACUUAUAAAACAACAGCAAAAUUUCCUCAACAAAGUGCAAGAUCGAAGUCAAACGGUGAUAUGCAAGACAGACCAUUGUAAUUGGUCUAUUUCUAUUCUAUAUCGGUUUCAGGCACGUGGUCAUUUAAUUGCCGAUACUGAUCCGCUAGGCAUACAAAAUCCAGAAUCGCGUAAGCUUCAAGGCACUCCUAAUUUACCACCUGCGAUCGUGGUGCGACAACAUUUGAAGGGAAUGACCGAAGCUGAUAUGAAUAGAGAAUUUCCUCUUGCACCAUUUACCGUAAUCGGUGGUCCUAAACGAAGUCUUCCUUUGCGUGAUAUUCUAAUUAGAUUGAACCAAGUUUAUUGCGGCCAUUUGGGUCUUGAAUAUACCUAUAUUCAUGAUCUUGUUAUGUUAGAUUGGUUAAGAGAUAAGUUUGAAGUACCUGGUGCUUGGGAUCUUCCAGCGGAUCAUAGGAAAUUUAUUUGGAUGAAUAUUAUGAAGGCAGUGACGUUCGAAGGAUUUUUGGCAAGAAAAUUUCCCACUGAAAAAAGAUUUGGUUUGGAAGGUUGCGAAUCUUUUAUACCGUCAAUGAAUCAAUGCUUGGAAACAUCAGCGGAACAUGGAGUUGAAAGUGUUGUGAUAGGAAUGGCUCAUCGAGGCCGAUUAAAUACUUUGAUUAACGUUUGUAUGAAACCAUUGCAUCAACUUCUUACACAAUUUCAUUCAAUUGCUUUAGAAGGUUUUGGUUCUGGUGAUGUGAAGUAUCAUUUAGGAACACAUGCAGAAAGAAUAUUAGAAAGAAGUAAGAAAAAGAUUCGUGUUGCUAUGAUGGCCAAUCCGUCUCACUUAGAGGCGAUAGAUCCUGUCGUAGUUGGUCGUGUUCGAGCCGAACAAGUAGAGAAAAAUGAUGCCGAAUUUGGUAAAAAAUCGGUGGCUUUUUUGGUUCAUGGUGACGCUGCUUUCUCGGGUCAAGGUAUUGUUUAUGAAACGAUGCAUUUAACUAAUUUGCCGAAUUACACGACAGGUGGCGUUAUUCACAUUGUAAUCAACAAUCAAAUUGGUUUCACUACAGAUCCUAGAUAUUCUCGAUCAAGUGCGCAUUGCACAGAUGUAGCACGUGUUGUAAAUGCCCCGAUAUUCCAUAUACAUGCUGACGAUCCUGAUUUAGUGACCUAUUGUAGCAAAGUUGCCAGCGAAUACAGAGCUGAAUUUCACAACGACGUUGUUGUAGACAUCGUGGGAUAUCGAAGAUUUGGGCACAAUGAAUUAGAUGAGCCUAUGCUCACGCAACCUUUGAUGUAUAAACGUAUUAAACAACAUCCGAAUGUGCUUAAUAUUUACAGCGAUAAAUUGUUCAAAGAAGGAGUGAUUACUGAAACAUUUGCUAAAGAAGAAAUUGAAAAAUAUUGGAACUAUUGUGAAACAGAAUUCGAAAAGGCGAAAACGAUAGAAUCGAUGCAAUUAGGUGACUGGCAUGAUAUACCUUGGACUGAUUUCUUUGCUACUCAAAGUCCCAAAAAUAAAAUUCCACCGACUGGUAUCGACAUAGAAACUAUAAAGACAAUUUGCAAAGCUAUAUCAACUCCUCCUAGUGAUAUCGAAUCCCAUACUCAGGUAUUAAGAGUAAUGGAAAAAAGAGCGCAAUUGAGUAAAUCUCGUCAGGUAGAUUGGGCUAUGGGUGAAUGUUUAGCAUUUAGUAGUUUAUUGAAAGAAGGUUGCCCCGUGAGAUUGUCCGGCGAGGAUGUUGAGCGAGGCACCUUUUCUCAUCGCACACAUGUUAUUCACGAUCAGAGUAGAGAUAAGACGUACAAAAAUAUUUUACAUGAUAUAUUUCCGGGACAAGCAAUGUAUACUGUCACGAAUUCUUCAUUAUCGGAAUAUGGCGUUUGCGGAUUCGAGUUGGGUUAUUCGACAUAUAACCAUAACACAUUAACAAUUUGGGAAGCCCAGUUUGGUGAUUUUGCGAAUACUUGUCAGGUCACUUUAGAUACUAUUUUGUGUUCCGGACAAACGAAAUGGGGUAGGCAGAUAGGAUUAGUUCUUCUUUUGCCUCACGGAUUAGAAGGACAGGGACCUGAACAUUCCUCCGCAAAAAUUGAACGGUAUCUCGAGCUUUGUGAUGAUGAUUUCUCUUAUCUUCCGACGGCCGAACCAGGAGAAACUAUAGAUCAAAUUAUGACACGGCAAUUGUUUGAAAUAAAUUGGAUUAUUUGCAAUUUAACGACACCUGCAAAUUUCUUUCAUGCCCUUCGUCGUCAAAUCCAUAUGCCUUUUCGGAAACCAUUAUGUAUAAUGACACCGAAAUCUCUGCUUCGUCAUCCUAUGGCUCUUUCGCCUUUUGCUGAUAUGGAAUCUGGCACUUCAUUUAAACCUAUUCUCUCUGAUCCAUUUGUCAAACCAGGAAAUAUACAAAAAGUGCUGAUGUGUAGUGGAAAAGUAUUUUAUGAUUUGGUGAUCGAACGUCAGGGGAAACAAUUGGAAGAUAAAAUAGCAAUUAUUCGCAUCGAACAACUUUGUCCAUUUCCGUAUCAUUUAUUAGCUGAAGAAAUGAAAAAAUAUCCGAAUGCUAAAGUAAAUUAAUUUUUUAAAUAAAUUUAACUUCUUAAAUCAAUU